AUGAGUGAGCAUCAUGACAGCAGUUCAUUUAAUGAGGCAGCUGAUAGCACCGAUAAGAGGGGCGUUAGCAACAUACUAGUGGACGAAAAGGUGAGAAAUGAUUCCUCAAAAGACUUUGAGCUGAGAGAUAAGCUGAGGGUGACAAAGUCUCUGGUAAUUCGCAAAUCGGAGCUGAUGGCAAAGCAAUACGAUAGUUGGUAUUUGCGAGGUGUGUUUCUCUUUUCAGUGUUCAUAUGUUCUUUUGCCUAUGGGCUGGACAGCAGCAUUAGGAGCGUGUAUAUGACGUAUGCUAUGAACUCUUACUCGACGCACUCCCUGAUAUCUACGGUCAGUGUAAUUACUUUGAUGAUUUCAGCGGUUGCGCAGGUGUUUUUCGCGGGGUUGUCAGAUGUCUUUGGAAGAUUGAGCCUAUUCCUUGUCUCUAUUGUUCUAUACAUUGUAGGGACAGUUAUACAAUCUCAGGCGUACGAUGUGCAGAGAUAUGCUGCGGGAUGCGUUUUCUAUUAUGUGGGACUUGUUGGGAGUAUGCUUCAAGUGGUUCUCAUUUUAUCAGAUAAUUCAUCGUUGAAAUGGAGGUUACUUUACACAUUGAUACCAUCCAUGCCUGCUAUUAUCACAACAUGGGUUUCUGGUACCGUCGUCACGGCUGCAAAUCCCUUGGAAAACUGGUCAUGGAAUAUUGCUAUGUGGGCCUUCAUUUUUCCUUUGUGCUGUCUUCCACUGAUCGGCUGCAUGAUUCACAUGAGAUUAAAGGUCAGAAAUGAUCCGGAGUGGAAAGCUUUAUUGAAUGAAAAAUCGUAUUAUCAAUCUCAUGGUUUGGUACAGACACUGGUGCAGUUAUUCUGGAAACUGGACAUUAUUGGAGUCCUGCUUCUGGUCGCAAGCGUAGGUUGUAUCCUCGUCCCUCUAACUCUUGCAGGUGGUGUGUCAACUAGAUGGAGAAAUGCAAAAAUUAUAGCCCCAUUUGUGCUGGGCUUCUUGUUGCUUCCUUUUUUCAUAUAUUGGGAAAACAAACUUGCAUUGGUUCCCUUUGCACCAUUCAAACUGUUGAGAGAUCGCGGAGUCUGGGCUCCAUUGGCUAUUAUGUUUUUCAUCUGCUUCGUCUACCAGAUGGCUGCGGGAUAUCUGUAUUCCAUCCUAUUGGUAGCUAUUGAUGAGAGUACUACUUCAGCUACAAGAAUUAUGAACUUGUACUCUUUUGUGGCCGCGGUUAUUGCGCCAUUUUUGGGCUUUUUUGCUGCCAAAUCUGCAAGAUUGAAGCCCUACAUUAUUUUUGGAGGCGCACUGUAUUUUGUUACAAUGGCACUAUUUUAUGAGUACAGAUCAGGUGUAGACUCUGGUAGGGGUAUUAUUGGUGGAAUGGUAGUUUGGGGUAUUGGUAGCUGUUUAUUCGAUUAUCCAACAAUUGUCUCCAUUCAAUCAGUAACCUCGCAUGAAAACAUGGCUACUGUUACCGCCUUAACUUAUACUACCUUCAGAUUAGGUGGUGCAGUUGCAGCCGCGAUCUCGGGUGCUAUCUGGACACAAUCUUUAUACCCAAAGUUGUUGCAGAACAUAGAAGAUCCAGGUUUGGCCGCUGCAGCUUAUGGUUCGCCGUUGACUUUUAUUCUUGACUAUCCCUGGGGUACUCCUGUAAGGACUGCUAUGUAG